AUGACUGUGUUUUCACUUGCUGUUACCAUUUUGAAGUCACUCGACUGGAGCUUUUCCUGCUCCAAGAUCAAUUUUUUCUCCGGACUUCAGUUUUUAGGGCAAACUUUACGUGAGAUGGAAGAUUUUCGAGGUAUAGCUGAGGAGUCAUUUCCAAGCUUUUUAACCAGUUCAUUACUCGGUAAUAGUGGGAUUUUGGAAAACGUCACUCUUUCUUCAAAUCUUGGCCUGCCUGUUGCUGUUUCCACACUUGCUAGAAAUAGAUCCAACUCUGAAAACAGGUAUUCUGAUGUCCAGACCUCUUACUUAGUGGAAGGGAAGUUUUCAGUUCCAUUGGAGACAUCGCCCAGUAGCCAAAGUGAAGAUGAGCCGAGAGAGAGGUUACGGCUUGUCUUCUCCAAUGAUGAUUCUGUUGCUAAGAAAAAGAACCAGACAGAAAGUCAGUGUUUGUCGGAUGCUGUCCUCAGAGAGUCCACUUUUCCCAGCAAUGGAGCAGGAGCAGAAGGGGAGCAGACCAGAACUGCAGAGCCCUUCCAGAGCCAGGGUCCUUCCGACAGAGCCUCACCCCUGGGGCAAGAGCAAGACUCACCUAUUGAUUUUUGUUCACAAUCCUGGAUGAAUAAAGAGAACGAGAUUGGUGUUCCUGAUGUGGGAAAACAUUUUGAAGAGAGGAAUCCAAACAGUAACUUAAGCCUUACUAGUUUCCUAGAAAACGAGAAACUGAUAUCACUUGCCAGCUUGGAAGAUUCUUCUGAUGAUGAUAUUGAUGAUGAAGAGUUUUAUGAUGAUCAUUUGGAGGCUUAUUUUGAGCAACUGGCAAUUCCAGGAAUGAUGUAUGAAGACGUAGAAGGACAGGAACCUCCAGAAAAUUAUUUUAAGUUACCUACGAGUGAUCCUAGUCAGGUAUGUUCCAUGAGCACCUUGGCCGUACUUUUGGUAUCUGAGUCUGUUGGUGUAUAUUUGCCAUUGGUUUUGGUAAAUUCUUUACGAUUGGUUCACAUACAGUCUAGAAGAAUACUGUGUUGUCCAUUCCUUUCUAGAAUAAAUAUUUUAUGUCAUCUGCAUAACUUUUUUUUUUUGAAAGAAGUUAUGAAAAACAAAACUUAUUUCUGGUCUAUUAUUUACUUUUUAAAGGAAAGUGGAAGAGCAGAAGUUCUGGUGAAGACUCUUAGGACUCCUAAUGAGAAACUUAACCCCAUUUACUUUCAUGACACAAAUGCCAGUAAAGAUGAUUUUGAUUUGAUGGAUUCUCUAAAGCUGGAGGAAGGGUCUCCUCAUCAAAAUAAGCAUUUGGCGUCAGACUCAGAAACCGUUUUGCCUGUGGAUAGAUUUUUAGACACUGAGACACCUCAAGUGUCCAUUCAAACAAAUGUGGAUGUAGCAUCUUUGAAGCCUGUUAGUGACAAUGCAUUUAAUUCCACUGAUGCUCUGUGGUCAUCCACCAGUGAAAGGCAAACCUGUGAAUGUUACGAGUUGGUUGGAAAGACCAAGGACCAAGCGGACCCACCACAGAGUGUGGUCUAUCAGGAUGAGGAGGGCAGAUGGGUCACUGAUCUCGCCUAUUACACACCUUUUGACAAAGAACAAGAUAUCAAUGUGUCUCUCAAUAAUGAACUGAACGAAGACUUCAGAUCUGGCUCUGAUGCAUUGGAUUUGAUUGCACAAGAUGAAGAAGAAUUUAAUAAAGAGCAUCAGUUUAUGCAGGAAGAAAAUAUAGAUGCCCAGAACAUGUCAGUUGCCCUUGGAGAUACAUCAUGGGGAACUUCGGUCAACUAUAGUCUGCUGAGGAGAUCACUGAGUGCCUCAGAUGUGGACAGAGAUGAUGCCAGUUACUUACGUCUGUCUUUAGGGGAGUUCUUUGCUCAAAGGUCUGAAGCUCUCGGUUGCCUUGGUGGUGGUUAUAAUGUGAAAAGACCAUCGUUUGGUUAUUUUAUUAGAUCACCAGAGAAAAGAGAACCUAUUGCCCUAAUAAGAAAAUCAGACCUAUCAAGAAGUAAUUUGGGAAAAGAAGUGGCUGACCUUAACCAUGGUCUUUUUUCAGGAGAUUUAAAGGCACAGCUAAGUGAAGAAUCAGUUACACUUCAGGCUGAAGAACUGGAGAGUAUUUCACAAGUAGAUGAAAAUGAUGUGACAUUAACUGCCAAUAAAGGAAAAGCAGAGGACACUUUCCUUGUCAGCAGCAAACCUCAGAGACAUACAGAUGAGCUGCCCAGUGAGAGUGACUCUGUGCUGAGGAUAAGCACCAUUGCUUCUGCCAUCGCAGAAGCAUCAGUGAGCGCUGACCCCCUCCAGCUUGCCACCAUGAUCAAGGCACUUUCAAAUAAAACCCGAGAGAAGACUUGUCAGGAGGAUGGUAAACAAAGACACUAUUCUGCCGUGUCUCAUUUCUUACCUAAUGAUCUGGAAAAAAGUAAUGGAUCCAGCACAUUUGAUAUGGAGAGAUACCUUAAAAAAACAGAAAUUAGUCAAUAUGAAGGUGGGCUGGACAACUUUUCAAGAGCUGGUGUGUCUGGUAUUUGGGAUUUAUCUUUGUCCAAAGAACGGACUACACACGACAUCCAUGUGGUGGACCGGAGUGCUACUAGCAUAAGCGUGAGGGAGCCAGAGGUGGACACUGCAGCCAGUUUUUAUGGUGAAAGUGGAGACAGCGUGGAUCAGGCAUCGUUGAGAACAAUUAGCUCUUCAAAUUCAGUUCUUACAAAUGUGGGCGAGAGAGAGGGUACAGCGGUUGAUGUGAAGACACAUUCCAUUGACCACAAAUCCCCAGAUUCCGGUGAUGGCGAAAAAGCUGCCUCCACACCCAUUCCAGCCUCUGAUAGUUGCUCUGUCGUUGGGAACCCCAGAGUAGCAUCUCUGUGGCUGUCAGAAGAGUGUAAAGGCCUACAGGAGAGUAGAGACUACCAGAGGCAAAAUGAGUGCAUUAGUGAGACAAGUAACAGUGAAAAGCACGUGGCUUUUGAAAACCAUUCCAUAAUCUCACCUAAAAGUGUUGAUUUGAAAAGUCCCUCUCCUGAGCGCGGUGGACACGGCUCAGAGAACGGCGAGGACAGCUUCCGACCUUCCACUUCUCCGCUGAGUCAUUCUUCUCCUAGUGAAAUUUCAGGAACUAGUUUAUCAGGGUGUGCCCUGGAGUCUUUUGGUUCAGCAGCUCAUCCACAGAAGCGCCCCUGUGAGAGGGAGUCGUCCCAGGUGACGUGUCCGGAGGCCAGUGUCAGCAGGCUGACGUACGUGUCUGAGCAGGAGAGCAUCAGUCCCUCCAUGGCCUCACGUCAUGGCCUUGACGACCACGAGAGUGAUAUCACCAGUGAGCUGAGCACCACAAUUAUCCAGGCCAGUCCAGUUCCAGCUCAGGAGCUGUCUGCGGAUAAGUUGAGAGAAAAAAGUCCUUUUCAAAGUAGAGGAAAAGGAGCAUUAUCGUAUAUUAUCCAGAAGAACUUGGACACAGGAAAAGUGACUGAAACGACUUCUCUGAGCAGCAGACCUGAAGAUGUAAAACUAGACUUUAGCUCCAGUAGACUGCCUUCCUCCAAGAGUGAAGAUCGGUCACAGACCAGUGCGACAGGUUUGACCUCAGACCGUGGUGACCUGGAACAGGUCAGCCUGGCUCUGCCGAGUGAAUCCCGCCUCCACCCGGCCACAUUGGCCAUACCGUGCCUCCCCAUGUCCCGCCAGGCACCUGUGCUCAACGGUGGGCACGUGACUCCUAGAGACACAUCAGCGACUAACAGCAAAUUCAGUGGCCAGGGUCCUUACCCGACGUCCGUCUCCAGCACUGAGGGCCGCGGCCCUGCACCCAUGAGGCAGCACAUGCCCCCCACAGACCCUGCAGCCUCAGUACGCUAUCCCCUCCCCGUGGCUCCGUGUGCCCAGCCGCACGCUGGGGCACUGCCUGCAGCCAGCAGUGCCACCCUGCCUCGCUGCCGGGCCUGUGGCGCCACCACCUGUGGGCUCUCCUGUGGGCUCCCGGGAAGCUGUCACCCUGCUGUUGUGGGAGAGCAUGUCCAGCGCUUGGUGACUGCAGGCCUCUGCCUGGGACAGGAUAUUGGCUCAGGGCUGAUAGCCUCCUCUUCCCUUUGUAACCUGUACUCUGACGCCUUCAGUCAGAACCUUCUGAAUGCGGCCAAAGUGCUUCCUGUGCAAUCUCUCCAUCCAGACUGUGGAAUUGAGCCAUGGGAUUCAGCAGUGGUGUCAGGACUUGGGAGAGUAAGUGUACCCGAGGAAUUGAAGUUUCCUCAUGCUUGCUGUGUUGGCAUUGCUUCACAAACCUACCUCAGUGUCCUGAACCCUGCUGACCGCUGGCUGCAGGUCAGCAUCGGGGUUCUCAGUGUCAGUGUUGACGGUGAGAAGGUGGAUUUUUCAGCUUAUCCUUGUUUAGUUUUCAAGAAUAGAGUCAUUAUAAGACCUCAUGCCACAGAAGAGAUUAAAGUGCUCUUCAUACCGUCUGACCCCGGGAUCUUCCGAUGUAUAUUCAGUGUUGCUUCCUGGCCAUUCUCAGCUGACGCAGAGACCGUGGCACAGGCAGAAGCCCUGGCGAGCAGGGUUGUCCUCACGGCCAUUGCUGAGACCCCUAUGAUCGAGGUAGAAACAGAAAAGAAAGGUGUUCUUGAUUUUGGCGACUUGACUUAUGGAAGCUGGAAAGCUCUGCCUCUAAAACUGGUGAACAAGACACAUGCCAACAUCCCCAUCAGACUGAUUAUCAGUGCUAAUGCUGUGGCCUGGCGCUGCUUCACCUUUUCCAAGGAGCCCAUCCACGCAGCUCUAAGAGCAUUGCCUUACGCCCACGCGAUCGCGCAGCUGGCCGCCCCAUCGGUGAUCAACCACAUGAUGCCUGCUAGUCUCGACGGACAGGAUCCAGAAUUUCUGGUGAUUUGGGUUCUUUUCCAUAGUCCAAAGAAACAGAUCACUUCUUCAGAGCUUCUAGACUCAGCAGAAGAAUUUUUGGCAAGAGUCGAUAUAGAAGUUGAUAGUCCAAACCCCACACCAGUCAUUAAAAGCAUCAGUCUUCGAGCAAGGACAGGAAUUGCCCGCAUCCAUGCCCCUAAAGAUCUCCAGACUCUACAUUUGUUUGCCAGUGUGGCUUCCUCGGCAAGGCAGUACUUACCUCUGAAAAAUGCUGGGAAUAUUGAUGUACACCUGGAUAUCAAGAUCCCAGAUCAAGGAAGUCACUUUUCAGUGGAUCCAGAGAAACUAUUCCUUAAACCUGGAGAAGAGCAUGAAGUUAUAGUUUCAUUUUCUCCAAAGGAUCCCACGGGCUAUGAGGAAAGGAUCUUGAAAAUAUUCGUGCAGCCAUUUGGCCCUCAGUAUGAAGUGAUGUUAAAAGGUGAAAUAGUUUCUUCGGGAAAUAGGCCUCUGGUGCCUGAAUCUCUCAGCUCAGAUAUUCCUUCGAUUUUAUCCAACAAGCAGUUUCUGGCCUGGGGAGGUGUCCCCCUCGGUAGAACACAGCUUCAGAAACUAGCUUUAAGAAACAAUUCUGCGUCUACAACCCAGCAUUUACGCCUGCUUGUCAGAGGACAAGACCAGGACUGCUUUCAGCUGCAGCACACUUUUGGCUCAGAAGAGCGAUUGACCAGUAACUGUGAGGUCAGGAUUCGUCCAAAAGAAGACAUUUAUAUCUCCGUGUUAUUUGCACCUACUCGCCUGUCUUGUAUGUUGGCCAAACUCGAAAUUAAACAACUUGGAGUUCGAUCACAACCAGGUGUUAAGUUCACGAUACCUUUGUCUGGAUAUGGAGGCACAAGUAACCUCAUUUUGGAAGAUGCUAAGAAAUUAUCUGACAGUUACAUGGUAACAGUGAAUGACUUAGUACCUGGCCGGGAAAGUAGAGUUGUUAUUUCUGUCCGUAACACUGGCUCUCGAGCAGCUUUUGUUAAAGCUGUAGGUUUUAAGGAUUCUCAGAAAAAAGUUUUGCUGGAUCCGAAAGUAUUAAGGAUUUUUCCAGACAAAUUUGUGCUCAAGGAAAGAACACAGGAAGAUGUUACUAUAAUAUAUAAUCCAUCAGACAGAGAAAGCAGUUGUAAAACCACCACAGAACUGUCAACUAUAUACUUUUUUGGUGGAGAUGAAAUUUCACGUCAGCAGUAUCGAAGAGCCGUGCUGCACAUGCCGGAGGUGAGAGAGCGUGUCCUGCCCAGUCAGAGCGUGCUGCACAGCAUCGACUUUGCAGAAUCAUUUCAGGACGAGCUGCUUGUAACUGAAGUGUAUGAUCUUCCCCAGCGGCCCAGUGACAUCCAGCUCUUUUAUGGAAACAUGCGUAAAAUCAUACUUUCAGUAAUUGGAGAAUUUAGAGAUUCCAUUUCCAGCAGAGAAUUUCUUCCACCUUCUGCCAAACCUAGCUUGGAAUUCAAAAGUGAAUCUGGCAGUUGUGAGACACAUGGUGGUAACAUUUCUUUGGAUGUUUUGCCAGUGAAGGGUCCUCAGGGUUCUCCCCUUCUUUCACAAGCUGUUCACCCACCUCAGGAUAACUCGGCCUCGGAGGAAGUGUGGUCUGUCCACCCUGAGCACCUGGUCUUGGUUGCUCCUUCAUGUGAUACGGCAAAAACUGGACGUUUCCAGAUCUUAAAUAAUUCUAUUAGGUUGCUGAAAUUUGAGCUGUACUGGCCAGCACACUGCCUUACAGUGACUCCACAACAUGGGUUUAUUGCACCAGAGAGUAAGAUGCAAAUUCUUGUGAGUCCCAACUCCUCCUUAUCCACAAAACAUUCAAUGUUCCCGUGGAGUGGCUUGAUCUAUAUACACUGUGACAAUGGACAUAAGAAAAUUGUGAGGGUUCAAAUUCGAGAAGACUUGACCCAAGAAGAACUUUUCACUCAUUUGACCUCCAGCCCACUUGGAAUCCUUUCCCAAGAAACCGAGCCUGCAGUUAAUCUGGUAAAACCAGCAACAAAGCCAUCUUCCACGAAAGUUGAGCUAAGAAACAAGACAGUUACUUUUCCUCCAACAGAACCUGGUGAGACCUCAGGAAAUUACCUGGAACUUGAGAAUCAUGGUGACACGGAAGUGAGGUGGCACCUGUCAUCUUUAGCCCCACCUUACGUCAAGGGAGUUGAUGAGACUGGAGAUGUUUUUAGAGCUACUUAUGCAGCAUUCAGAUGUUCUCCUAUUUCUGGUGUACUGGAAGGCCAUGGUGUCCAAAAGGUCUCCAUCAUGUUUUUGCCCAGAGAUAGAGGGGACUAUGCCCAGUUUUGGGAUGUUGAAUGUCACCCUCUUAAAGAGCCUCACCUGAAGCACACCUUAAGAUUCCAGCUCUCUGGACAUAGUGUAAGAGCAGAAAGUGAGCCUGGAAUUUCACGCAUUUCCACAAAUAGCCUCAUUAAAAUAGAUAAUUUACUUAAACUCCGAAGACAGGCUGUAUCCGAAGCUUCUGCCCUCAUACCUGGGCAACUUGACCUGACCCACCGUGGAGUUUAUGCCCCAGAAGACGUGUAUCAAUUUCUGCCAACGAGAGUUGGGGAGUCAAGGACAUUGAAAGUCAAUUUGCGAAAUAAUUCUUUCAUUACACACUCGCUCAAGUUUUUAAGUCCCAGAGAGCCUUUCUACGUCAAACAUUCAAAAUAUUCUUUGAGAGCCCAGCACUACAUCAACAUGCCCGUGCAGUUCAAGCCCAGGUCCGUGGGCAAGUUUGAAGCUUUGCUCGUUGUCCAAACAGAUGAAGGCAAGAGUGUCGCCGUCCGACUCAUUGGGGAAGCUCUUGGAAACAUCAGCUAG